GACAAAAUGGCGUCAGCGGAACUGGUCCAGUUGAUGGACCAGGAUAUUCCAGAAGGGCGUAAACACCUCCAAGAAUCUUACAACAAUCUAGAAAAGGUGGCACAGUACUGUCAAGAAAAUUAUCUCCAGGCAAAAGAUAAACGACAUGCUUUGGAGGAGACCAAGAGUUUUACAACUCAGUCACUGGCCAGUGUGGCAUACCAAAUCAACACUCUGGCCACUAACUUCCUGCAUAUGUUGGAUCUGCAGCAAACACAGCUGGCAGAGAUGGAGUCCAGUAUAAAUCAUUUAUCUCAGGUUGUUUCCAUUCAUAAAGAAAAAGUAGCAAGGAGGGAAAUUGGUGUCAUAACAACAAAUAAAACUACUAUGAGACCGCCCGGGAUGAAAAGUUUGGGCAUCAUAUUUCCAGAGGCACCAGAAAGACCAAUCAAAUAUGUUCGGAAAUCUAUUGAUUAUGCCCAGCUUGACACUGUCGGGCAUGGUGUUCAGGUCGCACAACCUACACCACAGAAUCCACGACAGAGCAUCCAAGUUAAUCGACACGAAAGGCGAAGUAGCUCUAUCAGUUCUAGCAGUAGUGUCAGCUCCGGUCAGAGCAGUCAACGCCAGGGCCAGCAGGGGCCUCCUCAGCAGCCGCCAAGUCAAAGACCACCAACUCCACCACAAAACCAACCGAGAUUGGGCGGCUCUCUAGGUCGGACGUCAGGUCAUUAUAGGGCAUUAGGGCCACCAGUGGUGCCGCCCUCUGUACCUAGCCAUUACGCCCCAAACUAUCCCAUGGCAAUCCCGCAAAAUCAGAUGCCUCCCCCUCAACAAUACCAGCAACCACCGCCUCAAUAUGCUGCCAACCCACAAAGAGAACGUAAAGGUAGUGGUCUGGGUUAUGCCGCGUUAAGUCAGCUGCCACCUAUGGGACCACCUAUGGUACCACCACCGGCCCCACCCCAAGGUGCGCCACCUAUGGGCGUAGCUCAACCUAUUUCCCAAGCUCACCCUCCUGUAACUUCGAUACAGUCGCCUCCUAGUCAGCAGAUGAUGCCACCAAGUAUGCACAUGCAGGCACGUCACUCACAGCUUCAGCAACAACAGCAGAUGUCGCAAGCUUCAACAAUGUCAACAGAGUCUUACAUAGAUUCUUUACCACCUCCACCUUCAGAUUUAGAUGUACAUCAGCCAGGCAAUGCAUCGCCACCACUGCCCCCACCACCAACUCAUGGUGGUGUCAUGCCACCAGUACGUAGCAGCAUGCCAUCCAAGCGUAAUAUGGCACCCCAAACGGGCAUGAUGCCUCCCCCCUACAGCAUGCAAAUGCAGAUGCAAACACAGAGUUUAGAACCAGGUGCAAUGUUCUCGAUGCCAACAAUGCGCAACCAUGCUCCCCCGCGCCACCAGACGGCAUAUUAUGACCAAUAUACAGAGGAUUACGAGCAAAAACUUGAGGAGCAGGGCCCAGGCCCUGAGUUGAGUGACGAUGGAGUGCCGGCAAACUAUGUGGAAAAAGUUGUGGCUAUUUACGAUUACGUCAAAGAUAAGGACGACGAGCUUAGUUUCUCCGAGAACGCCAUAAUCUACGUCAUGAAGAAGAAUGAUGACGGUUGGUGGGAGGGACAGAUGGAUGGCGUCACUGGACUCUUCCCAGGAAAUUAUGUCGAACCAUUGAUAUAAACGAUUGAAAGGAUUUCUGUAGACCACCAAAUUUUUGCAGUUUGAAAAGAAAAUGCUACGUAGGCUGGCAAUUGAUGAUAAAACAGCAUUUCUGUAUAGGGGGCACUCCAGAUAUGCAUCCAAAAAUAUGCACAAAACGAUUGUAAACAUACAUGAACAUUAUUUGAUCAUCCAAGAACCACCCACUAUUCAGGAACUCAGUUAACCUCAUAAGUACGGGCCAAGUAUUUUCUCAAAAUUAUCCUAAAUGUUUAUAGUCUUUGAUGAAGAAAUUACUUAAAUCUGAAUGCGAGUUUCCAUGAGAAACUUUUAAUCACAAAAUAAGUGCAUGCUAACUUUUAUAUUUGUUAUAUUAUAUAUAAAACACGGGUUAAAACUAGGACAGAAAUAAUUAUUCCAUUAUGAACUAAUGUACUCCGAUCCACACAUGUAUAUUCUAAACUUUGAAAUUCUCGAAUUUAAGAGCUGUCAGCGGUAUUAAGCCGAUUGCAAUCUUGACACCAGAGGGGAUAACAAAAGCAGAUCGAUUGCAAUUCGGACUUUGAGUCACAGUAGUUUAGAUAGGUGGUUUACGGGCGCUUUUGCAGUGAAAUAUCAUACGCACAGAUGAUGGUUUGAACAAAAAACAGAGGAGUCCAGCUCCUUCAUAUCUGUUACUGACUUCUCACGGCCUGGAUGUCUUGUCUGUUUGGAAAGUUGUGAGAAAUUAGGAUUUCAUUUUAUAUAUGUAGUUAACAUUUGCAUAACUUAGGCGAACUUGCAGUACACACUCAAAUGUGCGAUUUGAUUCAUUCAGGUUGAUAUUCCUUGAGGGUCAUGAUUGGGUGUGUGUGUGGGGGGGGGGGGGGCUAGGAUACAACUCUCCAGCUGUGUUUGUAUGUUUCUUUGAACAAAAGCAUUAAGACAGUUGUACUUUUUGGGAUGGAAAAUGCUGGGUUGAAGGACACAGAAUUCCAAUGCAUUUUGAUGAUUAUAUAAGUGGCUUUUGUCCUGUUCUUUAUUGGGUAUAGGAACACUUAUUUCUCCACACUUCCAAAAUAUUGCUCAUUUUGUGCGACCUUUGUAUCUUGUAAGGUAUGUGUUAAUUUGCCACAGCGAGGUGAGGUCAGGCGCCCAGAUCAUUAUCUUGUUAUCUUUCUUAAAAAACAUUUGACUGUAUGCCUGAUGAUGUACAUUGUCAUCUGUAAAUACAUUGUUUUAUAUUUAUUAUUAUUAUUGAUGUUUAGGUGUACUUUUAGAAGUAUACAGAGGCAACAAUAUUUGACAGAGAAUCAUUGAUGGGCACAUGGGGAAAAUCUUUGAUGAUGAUUAUCACAAACCACGUUUAAAUUAGAAAUUAGGGCUGUGUAUAUGUAGAGUUCUUUUUUCUACAGCUAAGAACACAUUGUAGAGUAUGGUGCUCUGAUGCGGUCACAACACUAUAAAUCUAAGCUUAACCUAAAAUAUCUUCAGUUGUAGAUCUUGCGGUGGAGUGGUGGACUGGCCUCCAUUUCCACACCAAUGCUUCAGCAUUGAAGCACUAGAUGGCGCUGAUCAGGAAAGAGAUACAUGUAAAUUGUGACCCUAAUGGAGCACCACUGUGUAGUAAGAUGUAAAAAAAUAUUUGAAUGGGAUUGUGUUGAGUUUUUAUGUUGCAUUCUUGUACAUAAUGAGACUUUUGGUGCUGUCCUUGUGUGUCUUUUUCAGUAUUCGUACUCUCUUGCCUUGAUACAUCGGGGGGGGGGGG